AUGCAUCGAGGUGCUGAUGGCGUUGUUGUUAUAACAGUUGUAUUAGAUGCAUCUGUACUGGAGACCGAACCAAAACGAUAUAUUUGUUCAAGUCAUACGCAACGAAUUGCUUUAUUUGAUCAAUAUUGUUUAAAUCAAACUGAAUUACAAACACAAACAAGAGAAUAUCGUAUGGAAAAUCCAACUCCAUCAUAUCCUUGUAAAUUUGGUGAAAAUUUUUCAUUACUCGAACGACAACGUUUUGCAAUUUAUUUAAUCGAUCAAUACUUAGUUAAUUUUGAUUCUCAACAUUGUACACCUUUACCACAAACUUAUUUUCAUAUUCCUAAUCGAUGUGUUUGA